AUGACAGGUACCUUAUCGAGCAGUGGUGCUACUAGUAGUCGAAAUCCUUUUCCUCAUAGCAGUAGCCGACGUGUUGUGGAUGAGAAUGUUGACCGCACCAUGAGCAAUAUAAUAUCGGGAAGCUUUACUAGCAGCGGUUACCAACUGCCGGAUCAUCUGGGGACGCCGUCGUGGGCGCAGGGAACGCCUCGGAUUACGAAUAGUGUCGCGUCUCCGGCUCUGGGUCAACAACAGCUCCCAAUGAUGAUUGCUGCGCAGCAGCAACUGCAACAACAGGCCUUUUAUCUAAGGAAUUAUCCCAAUCUUCAUCUUACAUCAUCAACAUCACAGUUCUCUUCGUUAAACAACGUCGACAGUUAUCAUCAACAUCAACAGCAUUAUCUUACAACGAGGGUCAGCAGUGUUGGUCCUCACACUGUUCAUCUGCAGCAGGAACACGCUAUGAUCCCUCCAGUCGUGCAACAACAAGAAAGAGGCGGAACUACAGUUACCAGUAGUCGUCGUCCUCUUCAACUCUCGAAGACUCCAGCAGGCUCACACGAUGUUGCUCCUCAAGCGCAACAACAAAGAGCUUAUUUGACUAAGCGUCAGCGCGAUAUGCAGAAGUCUCUGGCCGCGCAAGGUGCGGGAGGGAUAAGUUGAGUCCUUCUGACGAACAAUCCGAAAGUGAGGAUGUUGUAGGUGCUGGUGAAGUUGUAGGUGCUGAGGCAAGAAGACCUACUGUCUAGUUAAUAUACUUAAGUAGUUCUAGUUGUGCAACUAGUACGGUUCUAAGAUCGACAAGCGUGGUUAUAAAGCAACUAGUACUAGUAGUAAGCAUGAUGAUGUGAAAGUAGUGAAUGGCGCGCCGUGGAGGUCAUCAGCAACCUCUUCCAGUACUACAAAGCUUAAUAUGGCGGCUCCGCUCCUUGUUGAACAUCAAACGCCUCUGACACCGCCUGCCAUCAAUCUACUUAAGUCGAAGUACAACCGCAAGUUGUGUUGCAGAGGGAGGCGCUAACGGCGCAGGAGAAGCGAAACGACCCCAACGUUCAGCGUUCGAUAGAACAUCAGUCAUUUUGGGGAUGCAAAAAAUGUUGCUCAGAAAAAUUUGCAAAAAUGGCAAAGACGCACGUAGUAGCAACGCUCUAACGCUACAAUCGCUGGAUAAGUGAGUCUUUCUCUCUUGAGUCACGGAUGAUCAUAAGGGAAAACAAGACGAGAACCCUCUUUUGCAAUUAGCCGUUGCCCGUUGCUUGAGUGUGCAGACUGUUGCGCAUUAAGAAGUAGUUCAUUUAUAGGUUUUCCUUUUUUUCACGCUUGGUUUCUGUUCCUCAACGUAAAUGUACGAUCAUGUUGAUUCAAAUUCUGUCGUCAUGAGCUCGAUCGACUACUCUACACUGUGAUCUUCAGUGACAGUGUAUGUUGCAAACCAAUUUCUACAAGUGUGUAUUGACGAAAUGACAUCAGACCCUCAACACUCCUGGUGGACAUGAGAUUUUUACAACUUGAGGACGAGUGCUGGUAGUGGCUUAUGUAUGGAGUGAAUGACUGAGGUGUUCCAUUUAUUAGAAACACUGAGUGCCAUGGAGGUACAACCUCUAUUAUACUGAAUGGCCUCAUAUAUGGAUGCAAAAUGCUAUGAAAGAGGCGCCACGUCG